CAUCAUCAUCUUCAUUGUCUUUGCCAAAAAUUGCAAGCUCCCAAAUGAAACAUCAAAACAUGUUCUUCUUCCCCACAUUCAUAAACCUCUAUGUUCUCAUUGUCUGUCUCUUAUCAGAAACCUCAUUUGCUGUGGACUCUCACUACCAAAACUGCAGUGUGCCCAAGUCUUGUGGCGGCCAAAACAUAAGCUUUCCGUUCUACAUCCCAGGCCUGCAAGAAGACUACUGCGGCUUUCCGGGGUUUCAGCUCUCCUGCAAUGAUAAUGAAGAAGGUGGAUACCCUACUCUCCAAUUGGCUGGAAAUGAGUACUUAGUCCACAAUAUCAAUUACCAAAACCGAACUCUUGUGGUUUCAAACGCUGCUCUUUCAAACUCAAACAAAGAUGUUUGUAUUCCAUUAGUCCAAAACAUAACCUUUCCUACUGUUAAUUAUGCCCUUGUUCCGAAUCAAAAAGAGAUCGUUUUGCUCUACUGCAACUCUUCUCUGGUUGAUGAGUCGUUUUUAGAGUACAAGAUUGGCUGCUUUGAGCAAAGCAGUAGGACUACUACUACUACUUCAAUUUUGGCGCUGCCUCGAGAUGAUGACCAACUAUUUGAUGAUGUGUCUGACAAGUGCGGACGCAAAGUGGUAGCGGUGGCUCCGGUUGAAGAAUCCGUAAGUAAUGUUGGGAAUGAGUUGGGGGUAGCAGACGCGUUGAGAAGAGGGUUUAUGCUGAAAUGGCUUGCAAGCGACUGCAGUCGCUGCAGAGACAGUGGAGGGAAGUGUGGUUUCGAUUUCAAGACGUAUCAUUUCAGCUGUUUCUGCCCAGAUAGGCCUCAUGCUGUCAGCUGUAAAGGUAAAGGAGUUGCAUUGGGAUUGAAGCUAGACCUAGGCCUAGGACUAGGUGCAGGUGGUCUUAUGAUUCUAGUAUUAGUUGUUGUUUGCUGCUUCAGGAGAAAGUUGUCUGAUAAAUCUACUUUCUUUUGGAUGAACAAAAAUCAAAGUCAUCAAAUUGUUCCGGAAUUUCUAAUGGACUAUGGACCACUUCAAGUUCAGAGAUACAGCUACUUGGAUGUGAAGAAAAUGACAAACUCCUUCGAGGAAAAAUUAGGACAAGGGGGCUACGGUGGUGUAUACAAAGGAAAACUAAACAACGGCUUUCUUGUAGCAGUGAAGAUCUUGAACAGAUCGAAAGGUAAUGGAGAAGAGUUUAUGAAUGAGGUUGCAGCCAUUAGUAGAACUUCUCAUGUCAACAUUGUCAGCUUGUUGGGAUUUUGUUUUGAGGGUUCAGAAAGAGCUCUCAUCUAUGAAUUCAUGCCUAAUGGAUCUUUGGAGAAGUUCAUAUUUGAUGCAAAUAACCCACGAAAAGAUCAUCACUUGGGGUGGGAAGCAUUGGAUCGAAUUGCACUUGGCAUUGCUCGAGGACUAGAGUAUUUACAUCGCGGUUGUAACACAAGAAUUUUGCAUUUUGAUAUCAAGCCUCAUAACAUUCUUCUUAAUGAGGACUUCGCACCGAAAAUCUCAGAUUUCGGCCUGGCUAAAAUAUGCAACGGAAAAGAGAGUAUUGUGUCAAUGAUGGGUGCAAGAGGAACUGCUGGGUACAUUGCUCCUGAAGUGUUUUGUAGAAAUUUUGGUGGUAUCUCGCACAAAUCUGAUGUGUAUAGCUAUGGAAUGAUGCUUUCGGAGAUGGUUGGGGGAAGAAGGAAAAUCGGUGUUGAAGUUGAAGAUACAAGUGAGAUAUACUUUCCACAAUGGAUUUACAAGCGUCUUGAAUUGGAUCAAGAACUUGGCCUACAGAGGAUCAUGAAUGAGGAAGACAAAGGCAGAGCAAGGAAGAUGAUAAUCGUGAGCUUAUGGUGCAUACAAACUGAUCCCUCAAGCCGGCCAGCGAUGAAACAAGUCAUAGAAAUGUUGGAAGGAAGUAUUGGAUCUUUGCAGAUACCACCAAAGCCUUACUUGUAUUCUCCUCCAAAAUCCCUAGCAGAACCAGCACAUCCUUCUUCUACUUUGGUAUCACUACAAUAGAACUCUAUUUAAUUUACUUUGUUUUAAGGGAACCUUAAAGGGAUAAUCCGUCUAUAUAUAUAUAGAUCAAGGUAAUAUGU